AGCGCAGAGGCCUCUGGGAAGUAGGAAGUUCAGAGCACCUCUGGCUACACCUGUUGCUACACCUCCGAUCUCUGAGCCCCCCGCCGAGAGUUCUGCAGCCAGCCAAGGGGUAGCCUGGAGUCCCAGGGAAUGGCCUUGGAGAGGGACAGACUCCCAGCCCAGGAGGUGGUGACCUUCAAGGAUGUGGCUGUGGAUUUCACCCAGGAGGAGUGGCGCCUCUUGGCCCCUCCCCAGAAGGAGCUGUACAAGGAGGUGAUGCUGGAGAAUGCCCAGAACCUGCUCUCUGUGGAAGGAGAGAUCAGAACUGAAAUGAAGGUGACUCCAAUAGAGGUGAGCCUUUCUGGGAAAGAAAUGGACCAGCAGAGACUCAAGAGUGAUGUUCCAGAUAAUGUAACUUGGAGAGAAUUUUGUGUUGAAUCUCAAAAUUCAUCCUAUUUUGAACAUCAAAGAAUGAACUCUGAGGAAAAGUCUAGUGAAUGCAAGCAAUGUGGAAAGACAUUUAGACAGAGACCAAAACUUGCUAUACAUCAGAGAAUCCACACUGGGGAGAAACCUUAUGAAUGCAAGCAAUGUGGAAAGACAUUCAGUCAGAGCUCCAAUCUUGCUGUACAUCAGAGAAUCCACACUGGGGAGAAACCUUAUGAAUGCAAUCAUUGUGGAAAGACAUUCAGUCAGAGAUCCCAUCUUGCUGAACAUCAAAGAAUCCACUCUGGUGAGAAACCUUAUGAAUGCAAGCAAUGUGGAAAGACAUUCAGACAGAGCUCCAAUCUUGCUAUACAUCAGAGAAUCCACACUGGGGAGAGACCUUAUGGAUGCAAGCAAUGUGGAAAGACAUUCAGUCAGAGCUCCAUUCUUGCUGAACAUCAGAGAAUUCACACUGGGGAGAGACCUUAUAAAUGCAAGCAAUGUGGAAAGACAUUCAGUCAGAGCUCUAGUCUUGCUGAACACCAGAGAAUUCACACUGGAGAGAGACCUUAUGAAUGCAAGCAAUGUGGAAAGACAUUUAAUCAGAGAUCCCAUCUUGCUGUGCAUCAGAGAAUCCACACUGGGGAGAAACCCUAUGAAUGCAAACAGUGUGGAAAGACAUUCAGUCGGAGCUCCCAUCUUGCUAAACAUCAGAGAAUCCAUACUGGGGAGAAUGCUAGCAAUGUGGAUAGACAUUCAUAUGGAGCUCCACUCUUGCUCUACAUAAGAGAAACCUCAGACUUUCACAUAGAGGUCUCACCUUGCUCUAAAUCAGACAAUUCACUCUAGAAUGUUAUAAGCUCUAUUCAGAUUAGGUCCAAAUAGGCAUAUGAUUUUGACCUAAAGUGUGAUGCUAUCAGCAAAUUAAGGGAGCAUAGAUUUAGAUCAAUUUAUUGAGAAGGGAAGAAUUUGUGACCAAAUAAGAAAUAGACAACAUGAGAUGCCUUAUUGAUUAUUUUAUUAUCUUAAAUUCAAAACCGCACAAACAAAACCAAUACAACCAAGGUUAAAAGGGGAAACAAGUUAGCAUUUGCUUUAAAACAAGAUGUUCAAUUGUGUGAAAGAAACCCUCUCCCAGGAUCACAUAUGGGGUCUUACCUGCGUCUCUAUGAUGCUAGUGAUGUCAUCUAGUAUGGGUCAUGUGACUGAGUUUGAAUCAGAUGUGAUUGAAAGGGACCUGGAAGGGAGAGGGAGGGUAAAAGGUUGAAGACAAGGAAGUAUGGUCUCUUUCUGGAGGAAUCGGAAAGUGGAAGGUGGCUGAGGGAACCAUGUGGAGAGCACCCAUGUGGCUAAAAGGCUUUUCUAACUCUCUGCCUCUACAUAUCCAAGUAAAUUAUAACAAAAUUUAUGAAAAA